CUGGUCGUAUAGUAUAAAAAGUGACACGGCACACUAACGUUAUACUCCGAGUUGUUUUAUUUAUACUGAUAUCAAAUAUUAUUUACGAGUCAUCCGCUGCCGAUCGGAACCCUACGAUGGACAAUACUUGCGUCGCUUACCCUACACCGGGAGUAGCCUAUCCACAGGUUUGCUACCCUGAACCAGAAGUAAACCAGCCCAUACUAAACCCCAGCGUUCCUUUCCUGGGUCAAAUCCCCGGAUGUAUGAGACCUGGAAAAAUGGUGGUCAUACAGGGAAGUGUUCCCCCAGACGCCGACAGGUUUCGUAUUAACUUUCAGAUUGGCGCAAGUAAUAAACCACCUGCUGAUAUUGCGUUUCGCUUUGCUGUCCGAGUGAAGGCAGGGCAGAUUGUUAGGAAUACGCGGACAAACGAGAAGUGGGGCGAAGAAGAGCAAGGUGUGCCUCACCAGCCAUUCGCACAUGGUCAAAACUUUGAAAUAAUGAUCCUGGCAGACAAGCAGGAAUUUAAGGUGGCUGUUAACGGUCAGCAUUACAUUGUGUAUAAACACCGCGUGAGACCCUUGAAGAAAAUCGACUAUCUUGCUAUCAAUGGCGACGUCACAAUCACAUAUGUGAAGUUCCAGGGUCAUGAACAGGUCGCAGCCGAUGGAACUCGUCCCGGUGUAGCUGCCACUCCGACAGAGCCCAUUGCCAAUCCGUCAACUCCUUAUAUUGGAGAAAUUCCGAAUGGUAUGUUCCCUGGAAGAAUGAUUAUAAUAAACGGAACUGCGCCUCCCAAACCCACCAGGUUUGGUGUAAAUCUCCAAAUUGGACACAACGAGGACAAGAGUCAUGACGUCGCAUUCCGCUUCAAUCCACGAUUCCCAGCUAACACCAUUAUAUGCAACACUAGAGAAAACAAGACAUGGGGAGAUGAAGAGAAAAGCGCUCCUUAUUUUCCAUUUCAAGCUAGUGCCGAUUUCGAAAUUAUCAUCUUGUGUCUGAAUGAAUGUUAUAAAGUGGCCGUCAAUGGAAGGCAUUUGUUAGAAUAUCGUCACCGAAUUGCUUACCAGCAAGUUAAUACCCUGCACGUUCGUGGCGAUGUUCGUAUAAACCAGAUACGCUACCAAUAGAUUGUGUUGAAGUUGCCAGAGAGUGGCCUUGCAGUGUGUCUGGUAUCAGCAGAUGUUGGGUUUCGUGCAACUUUGCUAUAAUAAUUAUAAUCAGUUGAGAUUUUUACAAAAAAAAUAUAGAUUUUAUUGGCACUGGUGUACUGCCAACAGUUAAUAAGUUACUCAAUUGGUAAAUUAGGCACAAGUAAUUCGUUUUUCACCGUGUCAUUUUUUACAUCUUGGGGUGUGGUUAGUUACGACGCUUAUACGUAAAAAGUGUCAGAAUAACUUGGUUUGAAACUCCUUGGUACAAAUCAUUUAUGACGGUAAUGGAAAACAGUUUUAUUUAGAAAAUCAAAGUAUUGAUAUUAAUGAUUUGAGACAAGGAUUGUUUGGGGGUUUGGUAAACAAAAUAUUGUUAGUUUCAAAGACAGAUAUCACAUUAUGGGAUAAGGGGUGUGGCAUUACAUUUGUUUACAAUAUCUGACGUUUUGUCAAAAAUGUAACACCAGAAAUGAAAUCGUCCAAUGCUUUCCACUUGAAAUUUACCAUUGCGUAGAUUACCGACGAAUCUCAAUAUAUUCAAAGGGGGCUGAAUAGACUCCCCUCUUUAAUUUAAUCAUUAUGUAUAUUCGCUAAUGACAUUUUUUUCUAUUUAAUAGUUAUACACUACAAAGAAGAAAUAAAACAUUAUACAAAUAAAAAUCCAUCUUUUUCCUAGUUACAAACAUUAUUACAAGACAUCGUUUAAAUGAUUGAUAACGUCGAAAAUGUUUUUUUUUAUUUGUAAUAAAAUAAACAUCAUGUUGUCAUCU